UUGGCUACAACUGCAGUCAUGUGUAAUUUCUGUCCAAUCAGCAUAGCGGAUUUUCAGAUCGUGGGCGUUUCCAUUUUCCACACUUCUGCUGCCGAGAGUCCGGGAGCUAGCGCGUGCAGCUGCCGUCCAUUAGCAGUAACGACACCACGACAGACUGCAACAUUGUCAUCGGCUGCCGAGAAGACCUUUUUUUUUUUAACAAAUCGUCAUCCACUGGAUACAGGAGUCAACACGGUCUCUGGAACAACAAUGCCUCCUCCGAUGCGCCACCGCUCCAUGCGCGUCUUCAUGAACGACGACCGCCAUGUCAUGGCCAAACACUCGGUCAUCUACCCAACUCAAGAGGAACUGGAAAACGUACAGAACAUGGUGUCCCACACAGAGCGGGCCCUCAAGGCUGUCUCUGACUGGCUAGAUAAGCAGGAGAAGGGAACCUCCAAGUCUGACUCUGAUAGCGCAGAGACGGAUAAGGAAAGUGAGCACAGAGAUCAGGCCACCCGAUCUCUGCGUGGCGUAAUGAGGGUGGGCCUGGUUGCCAAGGGCCUGCUCCUGAAGGGGGACCUGGACCUGGAGCUGGUGCUCCUCUGUAAGGAAAAGCCUACCAUCAAUCUGCUGAAGAAAGUGUCUGAAAACCUUGUUACGCAGCUCAAGACGAUAACAGAAGACAAGUAUGUGGUGACGCAGCACAUCCGCGAGGCCAGCAUAGUCAUCAAGAACGCCAAGGAGCCCCCUCUCACCCUCACCAUUCACCUGACUUCCCCUUUGGUCCGUGAGGAGAUCGAGAGGGCUGCUUCCGGAGAAUCGCUUUCAGUCAACGAUCCCCCGGAUGUUCUGGACAGGCAGAAAUGCCUAACUGCCUUGGCGUCUCUCCGCCACGCUAAGUGGUUCCAGGCUAGAGCUAACGGGCUGCGCUCCUGUGUCAUCGUCAUCCGGAUCCUAAGGGACCUCUGCGCUCGCGUCCCCACAUGGGCCUCGCUUCGUGGCUGGCCACUGGAGCUGAUCUGUGAGAAAGCCAUUGGCACAGGGAACCGGCCCAUGGGGGCAGGAGAAGCUCUGCGGAGAGUGUUAGAGUGUCUGGCUUCAGGAAUCCUCAUGCCAGAUUGUGCUGGGAUCUCUGAUCCGUGUGAGAAGGAACCCACAGAUGCCAUCGGUCACUUGGACCACCAGCAGAGAGAAGACAUCACAGCGAGCGCACAACACGCCUUAAGGCUGUCGGCUUUCGGACAGCUUCACAAAGUGCUUGGAAUGGAUCCCCUUCCCUCAAAGAUGCCCAAGAAACCUCGUAGUGAGACUCCUAUUGAUUACACAGUGCAAAUCCCACCCAGUACGGCGUACGCCCCACCAAUGAAAAGGCCCAUUGAGGAAGAGGAGGGAAUCGAUGACAAGAGUCCGAAUAAGAAGAAGAAAAAGCUGCAGAAGAAAUCUCCGGAGGAGAAGGCAGAGCCUCCCCAGGCCAUGAACGCUCUGAUGAGGCUCAACCAGCUGAAGCCAGGUCUCCAGUACAAACUCAUAUCUCAGACCGGCCCGGUCCACGUUCCCGUCUUCACUAUGGCCGUGGAAGUGGACGGCAAGACCUUUGAGGCUUCUGGCCCAUCCAAACGCACUGCCAAACUGCACGUAGCCGUAAAGGUUCUCCAAGACCUGGGCCUGCCCACAGGAGUGGAACUGAAGACUGAGACGGUCAAAUCCGAGGAGGCGGAAGUAGCUGUCACUGUGGAAGAACUGAAGCCAGUUGUAACGGCCAUUGAAAGUACCACUACUGCCACAGGAACAGCCAACGCAGACGCAGCUAACGCUGAGACUGCUCGCCAACAGGGACCAAUCCUCACUAAACACGGCAAGAACCCUGUGAUGGAGCUGAAUGAGAAGCGCCGCGGCCUGAAGUACGAGCUCAUCUCAGAGACCGGCGGCAGCCAUGACAAACGCUUUGUCAUGGAGGUGGAGAUUGACGGCCAGAAGUUUCAGGGGACGGGAUCCAAUAAGAAGGUGGCCAAGGCGUACGCUGCGCUGGCUGCUUUGGAGCGGCUCUUCCCCGAGGGAUCUAUGGCUGAGGCAGCGAAAAAGAAAAAAGGACCACCCAUGCACACGCCAGGCUUUGGCAUGAUGGGAGCGCCGGGCAUGGGAGACGCUGCUUCGCCCCGCGGCAGAGGGAGAGGGGGGCGAGGGCGUGGACGGGCCAGGGGCUUCAACAACGGAGGAGGCUACGGACAAGGAGGUGGCUUCGGAACAUAUGGUUACGGGAACAAUGCUAACUCCGGAUACAAUUACUACAACAAUGGUGGCACAAAUGGAGGAGGGGGGGCAUCAAGCAGCCCAUCUGGUGGCCCUCCAGCCAGCACGGCGCCAGGAUCAGCUCAGAGCUCCUAUGGUUACUACCAGAACGAUGCAGCCUACGCUGCCACUCCUGCCGCCAAAACCGCCAAAAAGAAACCCCCCAUGCACAAGGGAGGGAAGGCCCCCUUUCCAGGUCCGCCGGGGGUGAACAGUGGCUCUGCAGGGGGGUUCCAGUCCAGCAGCCCCCCAGGCCAGGGCUCCUAUAGCCAGUAUGGCCAGGGCUAUGGGCAGGGGAAGAAGAGUUUUAACCAGAACCCAGUCGGGACAGGUGGAUACUCGUACAGCACUGCCUAUCCAAGCCAGGUGACGGGAGGUGGUGGAGGGAGCCAGGAAUACAGUUAUGAAGGUUUCAACAGCCAGUCCAACUACAACUCCCAGGGAGGCGGCACAGGAGGAGGCAACCAGGGCUUUGGCACCAACCAGUCUCAGUACCACAACCCAGUGGGCUACGGCAGAGGGGACGGCAGCAUGACCUACCAGUACAGAUAAACUCUCAUCACUCCCUCUGUGAAUCAGCGGCACCCUGCGUCCGUGUCUCCAGCCUUCUCCAAAGAAAGUGAUUGAAGGCUUACCUGUAGCGAUGGCCAAAUGAAGUUUCCAGAAGCAUUUCAUUGAUUUUCUGAGCCCACUAGAUGGCGCUUUUGUUAAACAAAAGGGUUGAAAGUACCCUGGAUAUCCAUCUGGAGUUCUUGCGGGAGCACAAUUUGAAUUAGCUCAGCGAGUCACUCUGGUAUUCAGUUAUGAUGCUCAUUAACAAUGCCCUUGUAGGCAAGCUGCACCAAUCACAU